UUUUUUAAGUUAGGAUAAAAAAGAAUUAAUUAUGUACAUUAUGUGGAACUCAUUAUUUUAUAGCCCAUUUUGGUCAAUGACUUUUUUCUUCCUUGAUAUUAGUCUUCUUACAUAAAUAUUAUUGGUAGUUUAUUAUUUUAUUCUUAUGUUUCACUUGAAAGUUCAUUUCUGUUUUGAAACAUCUGAAAUAUUUUUCUUGUCUUAGUUUCACAUUGUAUAUGGUUCUGAAUGUUUAAAAUUCUGAAACACACAAUGGCCACAUACUUGGUGAUUUGCUCCUGUUUGAAGUAUGUGAUUGUCAUACAAUCACACUAACACUUAAUUAGUGUUAUUUGUUGUAGGCAUUUUAAGGUGAAAAGCAAGAAAAAUAUCUCAAGUUUUUACAUUUAUUUGGAGAUAGGAGCAAAACAGUUUUUAUAUUUUAGAACCAAACUGUAAUUUUCAAGGAAUUUUAACCUUCACAUUUAAGCAUUUUCUUACUUACAGAAGGAGAGGUUUAUUAAUGGUUUUAAACCUGGUUACCCCUGGAGAGUUUUUCAAGUUUUUUUUUUGUGAACUUCCUUCAAAAGUCCUUCAAAUGAAAGAAUUACAAUUUAGAGUUGAGUUCUGAGAAGGGAGUACUACAUGGAAGAAAACAUUAUGAAAAGACUUAUUCAAUAAUAGCUACCAUUGAUAGAAUUGCCUAGGAUAUUUUGUGUGUGUGUGUGUGUUUUGUGUAAAUAUAGGAUAGAGUUAAAAAACUUUGUGAUUCUAUUAGGUAAUGUAGUUCUUGGAGUUAGCAGGAAAUGAUGGUUUCUGAUGGUAAUUGAUGUUUGUGUUGUUUACCUGUGUCUGUAGUCCUUUGAGUCUCUGCCAGAAAAAUAAUAGGACAUUCCCAGUUUGAUCUUAUGAUUUUUGCAAAUUAGCAUAGAGCUACUUACAGUACUUGUAAUUAUCAGAUUGUAUUUGGUUUAUUUUCAGUAAUGGAAAGUUUUUUCUUGGUAAAAUUUUUGUUACAUAACUUCAACAGUUUAGAUCACUUAAUGCUCAAAUAUUGCUCAUUUAAAUGAAGUAAAUAUUUCUCAUAGUAUAGAACAGGGAAAUGAUUGCACAAUGUAAUGGACUUUCAUUUAUUUUUGAAGAGCAUCAUAAUUUCAGUUCCUACAUUUUUCUGAUUUUCUAAUUUCAAUGAGUUGUUCAUGCAUAUAAUCUAAUAUUUUUAUUUGGUUAAAAUUCUUCCUAUAUUCUUUUUCUUUAAAGUCACUAUGACUUAUCAAAUGUAGGGUAUUUGCAUAUUUUUGGUGCUCAGUUUUUAAAAAUUGUUCAAUCAAAUAACCAAAUACUAUUUCAAUGUACCUACAUUUACCUGUAAAUGGCAUUUUAAAGCAAACUUUUAAGAAGUUUAAGAUUAAGUUAUAUAUAAUAUUUUAAUUUUAGAAGCUACUAAAAAGUGGAAAAUGGCUACGUAGAAAAGAUACUGUUUCACUGUUAGCUGAAUUACAGUGCAUAUUGCAGUUGUAAAUAUUGCUUCACUGAGUGAUUUUUCUCUUACGUACAAAUACAUGGUUAAAGAUUCAAAAUUUCAAGCAAUACAAACUUGAACAUUAUUAGUAUUAAUGAGAGAAUAGAGUAUAUUCUCUCUGGUAUUCCCAGUUUAAAAAGAAAACUUGUGAAAAUUCUGACUUACUGUCUGAUCAGUGAUUAUCAGUCUUGUUAUAUGCCUUAUAAAUGGCAAUCAAUUUACAAAUCUAUCUAGGGAUCUUUUCAGGAAUCCAUCUUUAAUUACAUAAAAGUAAAAGGGAGGAGGGUUCAGGAUGGGGAACACAUGUAUACCUGUGGCGGAUUCAUUUUGAUAUUUGGCAAAACUAAUACAGUUAUGUAAAGUUUAAAAAUAAAAUAAAAUUUAAAAAAAAAAAAGUAAAAUCAUCUACUUGUAGCCUUAUUAGAAAAGUAUACACGCACAAAGAGAAAAUAAGACUAAAUACAGCAGAGGCAAAAGGUUCACGUUUUAUAGUUGUUAGCAUUUAUCAGACUUCAUCAAUCAUGAUAAUGUAGCUCAGUCAUCAAAGGAAUCAAAAUAAAUAGAAAGCUAAAGUUGUAACAAGGGCUAACAUGAAAAAAAGGGAAGAAUAAAUGUAUUUAUGGAUUGGUAUUACAUUUAGUCUUAUCACCAGGGCUGACUGAUUUGUUUAAAGCAGUCUUUUCUGUAUGGUGGCCAUUUUCCACAUUAAUAUAAAGAUUAUAAAGUUUACUUACUUAGUUAUUUGUUUUUGAAAAUUAUCUACUUUCCAAGUCAGGAAAUACUAUAUCUUCAGUAUAAUUAAGCAUUCUUUUAUUGUGUAUCCAUUUCUGAGUAGAUUCUUGUUUUGGAUAAAAUUUUAGAAACUAGCACCUAGUAUCACUGUAUAAUUAUAAUGGUCCAUUUGAAUGACUUUUUUUCUUGAACAAAACAUUUUCAGUUUGUUUGGUUUAAAUAUUUGGUCUUGUCUCAUCUGUCCUAACAUUAUAUGUUUAAUGUUAAAUAUAUAACAUUAUAUAUAUGUAAUAGAUUUGGAUAUAUAAUAUUACAUAUUACAUAUGAAAUGUGUAACAUAAAUUACAUAUGAAAUAUGGAAGUAAAUGUUAAGUAUUUACAUAUUAAUAUACCUAUAUUCUUGUUCAGGUAUAUUGUGUAUGUAUUAUAUCUUUUAUAUAUUAUAAAUAAUUUAAACAAAAUAUAUAAAUAACUAUUACUGUAUACUUUAAAACAAAAAGUUUUAAUUUCAAUUGAAAAUGAGAAUGUUUUCUACUAACAAGCCACUCCUUGAGCCACUUUGAAAUAAUGUAAGCUUUGCCAUUCAUAUAUAUAUAUAUAUAUAGGCACCAUCUAAGCGAAGGAUUUAAAUUUUAUAUGAAAAAUAUUUACCCCAUUCACACUGUGUGUUUCCUGCCCCGUAAUUUUUCCCAUUUAUGAGACUGUAGUAAGAAUUCAUGUUCAACCAGGAAAGCCAAUCGACUGAUUCUCUCAUCUGUCAGAUCUUGUCUACGGCCGAAGGAGUAGAUGAACAUGAGGAUGCGGGGAACAGAGGUGCUGGGUCCAGAGAAUUCCCAAAGUUGCCCAUGGCUGUCUCAUCUGCAAAUACCUCUUCAAGGUCAAGUAACCUGGUUUGGUUACGGAAGUCCUCGUAGCUUCUGGGACUAUAUCAGAGUGGCUUGCCGGAAAGUUUCACAGAACUGUAUCUGCAGCAUUGAGAAUAUGGAACAUGUCAGUUCCUCCAGAGCUAAGCCAAAGAUGGAGAAGCUCUAUACAGUCAGCAGAAACAAGACCGGGAGCUGACUGUGGC